AUGUCUCAGGAUAAUAGAAUACCCAGUGUCGGUCUGUUUUUUAUAACAACAUUCAUAAUUUUAAACGUCAAUACCCUGCUGUAUGGAACACUUGUAAAGGCCAACUCAUUGGCUACAGUUGUAACACCAACAGACAUUAGUGUAUCCACAAGUCCGUCUCUAAAUGUCUCUACCGUAAACUCAAUGACCACGGAUGCACCGGCUACGGCACAAAGUGUUGGACAAGAAACGGUAGUGGAAACAACAACGGUAGAGCCAACACCACCACCCUCGACCACUUCAAUGCAUGAGAUUUUGGGAUCAGCUGGACCCGAUAAAAGGGAACAGGAUGCCAUUCUCAAGGCCUUGGAUUGGUUGAAGAUGAAAAGAGCUGCCGACUAUGGCUGGGGCAAUGAUACACAUGUUGUUAUAUUGGCCAAAGAGUUGUCGGGUGCCCGAGAUCCUUACGAUGCCGACGGCCACUUGCAGGUUAUACAGGAAUUGGAAGACAUGUUGUCGGUAAAAGAAAUGGAAAUUGAAAUUUUAGCCAUGCUGGACAGGCAUCAUACACUACCCAAACCUUUGAAUUUGGAAAAAUUGGCUCGUUAUGUGCUGGCCUUAGGCUCUCUGUGCAAAGAUCCUAAACAUUUUCAUGGUCAUGAUUUGGUAGCAACACUGCAACAUCAUGAGCCCACACAAGAUAUAGAGUUUGCUUUGACCACUUUGUCGGCCUGCAGUUCGGCGGCUCAUGUGCGAAAACGACAAAUACGUAGACUAUUGGAUAUAGCCAGUGGGGUGACCGACCAAAGUGUGGAUACAAUUGCCAUGGUUAUUUUGGCUUUACGCUGCAUUGUCACCGAUCAUCGCCAUAGACAUCUGCAGCAUUUUGUCAGACGACCAGCCCGAGGUCUGGCUAGUUUACAGGAUCCCCGUGGUAACUUUGGUUCUUUACGCAGCACCGCUUUAGCCAUGCAAGCAUUACAGGAUUUGGAACAUGAUCCAGCAGGUGCUUGGAAUAGAACAGCUGCUUCUCGCUGGAUUUUAAGUCGCCAAAGAGAGGAUGGUGGCUGGAGUGAAGAACCCUUGCAAGAUGGUCAAGAUCCAGAUAUUGGGGUGGGUUUAACAGCCGAUAUCAUUUUGGCCUUGGGUUGGAAGGGUCUAGGAGCCGUUAGGGCUUUACAAUGUGAUCAUGUUAUACGCGAAAAUAGUGAUCCAUCGUCGGAGAAUGGUGAACAAAAGUUGGCGGUUCCCUAUGGUUUAACUACAUCGGCAGAAGAAUCUGAUUCACGCAAUGUUUCAUAUACGUAUACCCUGUGGGUAGGCUCAAAUGUAACCGAAGCCAUUUCCUUGUCUUUAGUAUCGCCGAAAAAUACAACAUUCUUCAAAGCCAUGACCCAGGCGGCCGAUAUGGAUUCAAGGUUUGCCUUUGAGGCUAGAGAAUGGCCCAAUGGACACUAUGUGCACACUUUGGCUGGCAAAAAAGAGGAGCCCAGAGGGUACAACUAUUGGUUACUUUAUCGUUUGCCAGAACUUCCUGAUCCCAAUAAUGCUCCCGGAAAUCAGCUUAUAGCGCCAGUUGGCGUGGAUGAACUAAUGGUGGAAGAUGGUGAACAUUAUUUGUAUUGGUACAAAAAACUUUAAGUCUCAGAACAGCCAUAAGUACAGCAUUUGAAAGCAUUCCGACAACUCCUCAUUCAACUAAUUUGCAAAUCCAGGUUAUUAAAUUGUUAAUUUAUAUACAAAACUAUGUAUAAUACAAAGGUAUAAGUUAUAAAGCUGUGGAUUUAAGGACUAGAUUAUACUAUUGGUAAAAUAGUAAGUUUAGUUCAUAAAACAAACAGAAAUUAAUAUUGCUUGUACGUAUUUUAUAUAUUUUGUAAUAGACAAAACAAUUUUAUAACCUAAGGCCAUUUUAGCAUCUUAUAGAAUAUAAAUGUGAUGCACACAAACAGAAUUCGCUUUAAAAUUUAACAAAUAAAACAAAAAACCAAAAAAAAAAGAAAUGCAUACAAAAAUAAAACCAAAUAAAGUUUAAAUCAAUAUUCAAACAAAAGCAUCGAACUAACGCCAAGGAAAUGCCAACUGACAUUUGAAAUUUGAACUAAGGAGUUUUCACACAACUAAAUCACCCAAUAAAAAAUACAAAACAGACAAACAUACACCUUAACACAAAACUUAGCAUACAACAGACAGAUAUUCAAACCAAACAAACUAACAGUCAGACAAACAGACAUUCAGACACCGUUCGUAACAAUAAGUGAUUAUAAAUCAUACAACACUAAUUAAGCAUUAAUAUUUACAUACAUACAAUUCAUAUUCAUUAAUUUAUAAUAAUAAUAAUAUAAUAAAAAAUUGAAAAGAAACAAAAAUAAUUAAAACGAAAAACAAAUGGAAACACAAAUACCAUGUAGAUAAUAUUUUGUGCAUCUAAAUCGAAUAUAAUUUUGAUAUUGUACGAGCAACAUACUACAACAGUAUGUGAUAUUUGAAACAAAACAAAA